UAACGGGAUUGGAGUGCGAACUACAUUUCCCAGCGGGCCUCGAGCUCAGGGGUCUCUUUCUCUCGGCCGGGCCUCCGGAAUCGCCACUGCCCCCGGCGCUGCUUUUCAAAAUGUCCCGCAAAGAAUCUUGUGGAAAAACAGAGACAUCUCGGAGAAAAGACAUCACCUCAUUACCCAACUUUGAUGAAGAAGAUAAGAAAGAUAAAAGAACCUCAGAAAGUUCUACCAGUUCAUCUUGCUCUAGAAGAUAUGUUUCAUCAGAGAAGAGAAAACUGAAAUCAGAUCAUCAUAUAGACAUUCUGAACAGUAAUGUAAAAAGAAGACAAGAACUGAAAAGACCGAAUGUAGACACUGACAUUCCAAGAAAGAGACCAAAAAUCGCUUUGUCAUCCGAAGGACCUGUUACACUCCAAGAAGCAUCAUAUUUGAAUGAUAAUCAAAUUAUUUCACAAAGUCCUUCUUCAGAUGGAGCUAAAAAACAUAUAAGUAAAUGUGUAGAUAUGAAAGUUAAAGAUAUGAAACUGACAAAUGUUAGGAGUAACUCUGACCAUGGAAUUAAAAGCCUUAGCAGUCCUAAAAUUGCCAAAGACGUGAAACCUGAAGCUGAAGGCCAGGCGGGUGAAAAAUCAUGGCCUCAUGCACUUGCUCAGAGGGAGAAGAUGAAGGAGCACAAGAAAGAAAGGCACAACAGAUACAGAGACAGUUCUGAAAAAUAUGUUUUGGAAAAAAGCAAGAGAAUUCAAUUUUCUCACGAUUAUAAUUCCAACCAGAUAAUGAAGGAGCCCCUUGAAUCUAGAAGAAGAAAGAUCAGUUUCAAAAUUCCAGUAAAACCUCAUGAUACCCAUCAGAAACUUGUAGAAGGAAAUGUUUUCCUUCUAGACUCCAACAAGUCAAGGACUAAGCAGAAGAAAAAAGGACGCCUGGAAAGCUUUCAGGUUCCAUCAAAUUCGAUGAGGCACAAAAGUAAACAUUUAUUUUCAGAUUCCACUUAUAAACAGACAGUUCAUGAGUGGAAGGGAAAACCUCAUCAUGAGCAUCAAGAAAGUAAUGAUUCAAGUUCAAGUGAAAACCUAACCCAGAGUUUUGAAGCACAGUGUUCUUCGGUGUCCUAUGAAAUUAUUCAAGAUACAGAUGAAGAGAUGCAAAUAGUGGAAGAGCUUCACGCUGCACGUGCGGGGAAGAGUGUGGAUUUGCCUGUGGUUCCCCCUCCUGGAGAGUUAUCCAGUAUGGAGAUUGACUUGGUUGAAGACGAUGUGCACGCCUCUGCUGCAAAUACAGCUUCAGAUAAACACCUUCUAAUUGUUAUUGAUACAAAUAUUCUGAUGAAUCAUCUCAAAUUUGUUAAAAUUUUGAAGACAACAGAAAUGCCAGGCUUUGACAGGCUUGUAUUAAUAAUUCCCUGGGUUGUGGUGCAAGAGCUAGAUCGUAUGAAGGCAGGAAAACUACUGAAAUAUGCCCAGCACAAAGCUAUACCUGCAGUCCGUUUUAUCAAUGACAGUCUCAGAGAUCAAGAUAGAAAACUAUGGGGUCAAUCAAUACAACUUGCAUCUCAGAAACUUUAUGGAUUGAGUGAUGAGAACAACGAUGACCGAGUAUUAAAAUGCUGUCUUCAGUACCAGGAAUUAUUCCCUAGUUCUCUUGUUAUUCUGUGCACGGAUGAUAGAAAUUUAAGAAAUAAAGGCCUAAUAAGUGGUGUGAAGUCACUCAGCAAAGACGAACUGAGUGCAGAGUUCUUCAGCUUGUCUCCGAACAUAGCUUUGUUUCAUCAGCCUUAUGGAUCUCAGCAACAAUUGAAAGCAGAAGCAAUACCUUUGGGAGAUAGUAAUGAGGAAAAAUCUACAAAUUCUGGACAACUCAUUCUACUCGAAGGCAUAGUAUCUGAUCUUGAAAAAUCUCUUGGAACAGCUUUAUCUUCAAUAUUAGAAACAGAAAUGAAAAUUGCUUUUGGAAACCUUUGGAUGGAGAUGCUGUACUUGAAACCACCAUGGACUCUAAUGCAUUUAAUACAAUGCUUUAAAAAACAUUGGUUGGCUGUAUUUGGGUUAAUUAUGGAAAAGAACUUGCUUUUAACUGUUGAGAGCUUAUAUGAAAAUCUCUGUAAAGCUAACAGUGCAGUGGAUUUUGCAACAGUGAAAUUCCUGCUCCAGGAUUCUCAAAGCCUGUUACAUGCUUUCAGUACCAGGUCAAAUUAUGACGGUGUUCUUCCACAGGCCUUUGCUCAAGUAAACACACUGCUUCGAACACUUGCAGAGAUCAAGACAAAACUCAAUCAGAAUCCUUCAGAAAAUACAGCAAGUAAAAAGCAAGAAGAUGAUUCUCCAGUGAAAUCUAACAACCAAGAAACCACCGUUUUCACAGGUUCUCAUCUCCCCCAGCCCAACAAGCAUCAAGAAAUUUGGUCUGUCUUAGAGAGUGUUUGGGUUACAAUAUAUGAGAACAGCACAGAUGUGUUUCAAAGAUUGGGCUCAAAUUCAUCUCUGACUUCCUCAAAAAUAGCAUCAUUUGAAGAAGCAUUUAUCUAUCUUCAAAAGUUAAUGGCAGCUGUGAAGAAUAUUCUUGAGGGAAUUCAGAGGAUUUUGGUCCCCAACAGUAAUUAUCAAGAUGUUGAGACCCUCUAUAACGUCUUAAUCAAGUAUGAGGUAAAUGAGAGUGUCAAAUUUACUGCCCAGGAGCUUUAUGAUUGUGUUUCACAGACUGAAUAUCGGGAGCGGUUAACCAUCGGGUGCCGCCAGCUGGUCGAGAUGGAAUGUGCCAUGCAGCAGUGCCAUGCCUCCGUGUACACGGAGGCCAAAAACCGGGGGUGGUGUGAGGACGUGCUCAGCGACACGACCGGAGUCUGAUUGUCCUCAAGAACAACAAAGUCGCUUUCAGCCUUUGAAGCCAAACCCAAGAGACUUGUAAGAAAUGUCUCAUUCGUAUAAAAAGGUGAUUGCUUAUUAUUGACAGUCUCAUUGAGGUUCUCUAAAACGCGUGAUGCAUCCAUCGUGGGAUAAAUUGUGGAGUCAGCUUUUCUGAAGGUGACAGUACCUCCCUACCUCUACUCCUGAUACUGAGCCGGUAUGUGUAAGGAAAGGAGAGCCAUCUUUUUAGUCAUCUUAGGGCAGGAGCCACUGUGGCAUUGGAGGAAGGCACAGUAUCAGCAUCUCUUUCAACCCUGUGUAUGAUUAUGUGACCAGCGACACUUCCAGACUCCAAGAAAGAAUUAGGACGUGACCGUUCCACACAUAAAAUCUUACCCUGGGCUGUCGUAUGAUCAAAGUGUCUUCCAUGUAGACCUGGUGAAUAUAAUACACAUCCCUUCCACGUCCCCAAGGAAUUGAAAAUGGAGAUUUUACUUCAGCUCCAGCUUGCAGUAACAGCUUUUUUUCCCUCGCUGGACUGGUCACUUUUCAGUGCAUUUCUAUGGGAAGAGCAAGGAGAGAGCCCUGUGUCUCUCCAACAGCAUGAUU